GCCGGAGAAAGCUACUUCCAAUCAGAUCUGAGAAAAGUGUGGCCGAACACGCCCCCUUGUUGCUGCUGGAAUUGAGAAGAAAUGGCAUCUGCGUUGAGGCGGUUGGCGAAGUGCAGUGAUUCUGCGAGGUUGUUGUCCUUCGCCGGGUGCAGCCGCGGUAGGAGAGGUCAUUUUGCUCGGCCAUGCACGGUGACAGCUCAGAGGAACUUCUCAUCGGCAUCCGCAAUGACUGUGGACUUGGACGGCAGCACAGGUAUUGCGGUGAUGAAGCUCCACAGCCCCCCUGUUAACACCCUCAGUCUGGACUUCCUCACGGAGAUCGCGAUCAGCCUGGAGAAACUCGAAAUGAACAAGGGUUGCAGGGGAGUUGUUGUGACCUCUGCAUUGCCGAAGAUCUUUUCAGCGGGCUUGGACAUCUUGGAGUUGUACGGAAGAAGCCCGGAGCGCUGUGGCGAGUUCUGGAGAGCCGUGCAGGAGAUGUGGCUGAAGUUCUACAGCUCCAGGCUGGUCACCAUCGCCGCCAUUAAUGGUUCCAGCCCUGCAGGGGGCUGCCUUCUGUCCAUGACAUGUGACUACAGGAUUAUGGCCGACAACCCACGCUACGGCAUCGGACUGAAUGAGACCCAGCUGGGCAUCGUGGCACCUUUCUGGUUUAAGGACACCAUGGUGAACACAGUGGGCCACAGGACGGCAGAGAUCGCCCUGCAGCUGGGGCUGCUCUACUCCCCCCAGGACGCCCUGAAGAUCGGCAUGGUGGACGAGCUGGUGCCCGAGGAGAAGCUCGUGAGCACGGCCACUGAGGCCAUGGCAAGGUGGUUUGCCAUCCCAGACCACGCCCGGCAAAUCACCAAGUCCGCGAUGAGGAAGCCCACCAUCGAUAAGUUGCUGUCCGCCAGGGAGACGGAUAUCGGCAACUUUGUGAGCUUCAUCACCAAGGACUCCAUCCAGAAGUCCCUCAAGGUGUAUUUGGAGAAUCUCAGAAAGAAAAAGGCAUAAGUGGUGGGGGGGGUCCCCUCCGACCCUGAAUUUGACAGCGAUACCCUGUGACUCGGAUCCCUUAUCAUUGGUGUGCGUAAGGAGUACUCUCAUCGCUAUCCUUAAUCGUUAGUAUUAGGAUAGUAUCUGAAUACUCCUCUAAUAGACUAACUAUAAGGUUCUGCUUUUUGUAGACAUAGAAAUGAAACAUAAAAUUAACAGUAAGCAAUGCACAUCUUUGAAAGCCAAGGAGGAAAAGCUGAAUAAACCCGCUCUCUUCUA